AUGAAAACCAAGAAAAAAGUAAAACACUCACGUAGCUUGUCCAAAAGAAGGGGCGAUGGAAGUUUCAGGAAAAUAGAACAAGCCCCUGAUGUAUUGAAUCAAAGGAGUUUAAGUGUGCAUUUUCAGCCACCACAAGAAUGUGCGGCACAUAGAAAUCAGAGGUGGGUUCAUUUGCCAUUGACGAUAUACGAAGCUUUGAGGGAGUUCAGCUGUUUAUUUCCUUGUCGUUCGUCGUGUUUUUCGACGAACGAAAAGGAAAAGGAAGAGAAAAUUAACGGAUCUAAGUGUGCUUUUGCUAGAUGGCUAGUUGCAUUACAAAAUGGGGAAGCAGAAAAAAAUAGAGACAUUGAGUUUGUGGUAGCUAAUAAUGGGGAAGAAGAAGAAAAGGAGAGAAUUGAGGAAAUGAAAAGUAGAAUGAGGAGUUCGAGAAGGCAUGUGUUUGAAGAUAUUGAGUUUAAGGAUAUUGAGACUAAUGUAAAAAAGAAGGAAUUAGGAGUACGAGAGGAAGAAGAGAAAGCCAGAGUUAGCAUUUGCGUUCCGCCUAAGAAUGCUUUGCUUUUAAUGAGAUGUCGAUCUGAUCCUAUGAAAAUGGCCGAUCUUACCAAUAAAUUCUGGGAAUCACCUGCUCGAAAAGUAAAUAAUGAAAAAGAAGAAAUUGGAGAAAAUGAGCAGGUGGAAAAAGAACUAGCAGAUGCAGAGAAAUUUGAGUUGAAUAAUGAGCUUGAAGUGAUUGACAAAGGGUGCGAAGAGACGGAGGAAACCAGUGAUUCAGUAAAUCUUGUGGAAAAUGAAGAGAUCUCAGAAUCAGUGGAGAUUAUGGAAAUGGAGAUAGCAAGUAGUAAAGACGAAGAAAAGCUCAAGCGCAUCGAAUUAGAGCCAGAAACAGAGCAAGAAGAUGAAGAAGAGAAAAACUCUAGCGAAUCCAGAGAAGAUACAUCGGAAGCAACAGAAGAAGAAGACGAAACAUUCAAUUCUACUAUAAAUAAAGAAAUCGAAGAAACACUAUUGUCGGGACACAUUGACGAAGAUGAAGAAGAAGAAAUAGCAACAAAAUCUGAUGGAGAAAUUGCGGCCACAGAAAAGAAUGAAGUCGAAAAAGGAGAUAUAAUUAAAUCAGUUCUACCAGAUUGCUUGCUAAUGAUGAUGUACGAACCAAAAUUAUCAAUGGAGGUAUCCAAAGAAACAUGGGUACACAGCACUGACUUCAUUUUACCAGAGAGAGAAAAACAAGCCAAAUCAGUGAAGAAAAGGAUUAGCAUCGAAUCUAAACCUCCGCACCCAGCGUCGGAUAACAGGAGCGAUCAACAGCUGCUGGUACCGCCGAGGUCUUCGUGUUGCCUGCCGGCGGCCGGCGUUCCGCCGAUGUCCAUGGCGACGAUGAUAGAACAGAAACUGGUGAAAGCAAUGGCUUACGAGCCGUUCGUGUUGACGAGAUGCAAGUCCGAGCCGAUGAGGACGGCGGCGGCUAAGGUUGCGCCGGAGAGUUGUUUCUGGAAGAAUAGGAAGUUUGAGCCGCAUCGGCCCGCUACGUACGGAGUCGGGUUUUGA